GGGUUACAUCACUGGUAGGGCCGCGCUCGGUGAAGGUCCCUAGUCUGGAGUUGCCCCGAGCGCCGCCGGCUUCUAAGGUUGCUCUGUGGUCGUGCUAGCUGCUGAGUCGCGGCGGGGGUGGCCCCGGGACGGCUCCGAGAGGUCUCGGCGCUCUCCUCCCACUGACUGCACGCCGUCCCCAGCGGUGUGCGCCCCGCGGUGUGCCCGGCAGCGUGACGGGUGGGCGCGGCCGGUUGGGGCGGGCCCUGCGCGGCGGACGGGCGCAGGCCGUGCGUAUGAGGCAGCCCGCUCCGCCAUCGGCCGCGCCGCGGGAUGUGGUGCUGGAGGUGCCGCCGGCGCUGAGUGGCUGUGCCGCCGCGAUGGGAGUGGGCGACAGCGGUUCCGUGCUGCCCGAGCGUCUCCGCCUGCCCGUCUGCUUCCUCGGCGUCUUCGCCUGCUACUUUUACUACGGCAUACUGCAGGAGAGCAUCACGCGGGGACGGUACGGGGAAGGCGCGAAGCAGGAGAAGUUCAGGUACGCCCUGACCCUCGUCUUCAUCCAGUGCAUGAUCAACGCCGCCUUCGCCAAGCUCCUAAUCCAGGUUUUUGAUGCAGUCAAAGUGGAUCGGACGCGGAGCUGGCUCUACGCCACCUGCUCCCUCUCCUACCUGGGUGCCAUGGUCUCCAGCAACUCGGCGCUGCAGUUUGUCAGUUACCCGACGCAGGUCCUUGGCAAAUCUUGUAAACCCAUUCCAGUCAUGCUUUUAGGAGUGACUCUGCUGCGGAAGAAGUACCCGCCAGCCAAGUAUCUCUGCGUCCUCUUGAUAGUGGUAGGCGUGGCCCUGUUUUUGUACAAGCCGAAGAAGGUAGUGGGGAGUGAUGACCAUGUCUUCGGCUACGGGGAGCUGCUCCUGCUGGUGUCAUUGACCUUGGAUGGGCUGACUGGAGUCUCCCAGGACCACAUAAGAGCUCACUACCAAACGGGCUCGAACCACAUGAUGCUGAAUGUUAAUCUGUGGUCCACCUUGUUCCUGGGGGCUGGGAUACUGUUCACUGGCGAGCUCUGGGAGUUCCUGAGUUUCAUAGAACGCUACCCUGGGAUCAUUUACAACAUCCUGCUGUUUGGCCUGACGAGUGCACUGGGGCAGAGUUUCAUUUUCACGACUGUGGUGUACUUCGGCCCUCUGACCUGUUCCAUCAUCACCACAACCCGCAAGUUCUUCACUAUCUUGGCCUCCGUUGUUCUGUUUGCCAAUCCCAUCAGCAGCAUGCAGUGGAUGGGGACAGUCCUGGUGUUCCUGGGCCUUGGACUUGAUGCCAAAUUUGGAAAGGGGGUAAAGAAGACAUCGCAUUGAGGACGUGGCUGGUCUCUGCAGUCGGAAUGAACUUUUAAUUUAUUGUCUUGUACCUCAGAAUCUGUUAUGAAACUGGACUCAAGAUAGGUAAUCAGAAGGGGAGCGUGUGGAUUACUUGUUGAUUUAGUUUCUUAAUUCUAAAUUUUCUUAAAAGUGUAAUGCUUUAGUUUAACUGUAAUUAGGCAUUUAUUGUUUUUCUGUAAUCAAAGCUGCAAUACUAGGUCCUAGCAGCAGGCUGAAAUUCUUGCCUUAACAGGAAAAAAAUAACCAUAUCUUUAUUAAACAAAAAGUGAUAAUG